UGGAAUCUGGAGUCUUGAAUUGAACUUGUUCAAUUUCACCAAUCUAGUUAUAUAUCUGAUUGGUUGUUCAGGGCCUUUAUAAGUAGAAAGGUUAGAUAAAAUGUUUUAUUUGAUAUAUGAAAUAUACAAUGGCAGCAGGGGGUGUCCUUACCAAUACUUUCAAAUACAAUGAUAAAGCUUUCGCACAGUUUGUAAAAGAUGUGUCAUAUAACGCUUGUACUAAACAUCUCUACACACUUCAAGAGUUGAAGCAUAAUGCUUCUUAUGUACUUGAAAAAAUUCAGGAUAUCUGUACAGCAUUAGGAGACUAUAAUCUGGUUUUUAGAUCAAAAGUUCAUGAACAGAACAAUUUAAUUGAUGAUGGGACAGAAAUUAUUCAGCCUGGUCAUUUUAAUUUCUUUUCUGUUCUUGAAUUAUUGGAUGGAGUAACAGUGCUCUUUGAAAAAAAUGAACAGAAUCAGUACAGUCGUGUUGUAGCGGAUGGCAUGAGCCUGACACCACCUAUUAUUCGUGAAUGUCUUUCAAGAACCAAAGAGGGGGACUUUGUUGUGUCAAUGAAGCUAAUGAAAGAAUUGAAAGCACACCUUAUAAAGACUCUUGAACAAUUACAUGCAAAGGGUGUUUUGACAUUCAUCGGUCAAACCAAUCGUAACCAUACAGCUAUUUAUCCUCUUGGGACAGUAAGCAUUGAUGACAGCACACAUAGACCAAACAUACAUUUAAGACUUGGUGCUCCUCUAUGCACUGUUGAUAUCGAUCUGUGGUUCUGUGUGGAAGGAAGAACUACCAAAUUAGGACAUCAUGUGAUGAUCCCAGUUGAUGAAUCUGAAACCUUUAAACAAGAUCUCUGGAAAGAAAUUGUAGUAGAGCGCCCAAACGAUGAUAGAUAUAUAUUGACUGAUCCCCAUAAGCAAUUGUUAUGUACUCUGAAAUUGAUAUCAUACAUAUAUAACAUGUUGGUGAACAAAGGUGAAUUACCCCAGACAAUACAAACUACAUGUAUUUCAUCAACUUCUUAUAUCAGGACGAUUGUACUAUAUCAUCAGAAAACAUGUAUCUCAGACAGUGUUGGAGAGUGCUUCACUAACAUUAUAAACUCAGAAAGUGUAAAAUUGUUCGAUGAAUGCAGUGCAAAUACUUUUCAUGUCUCUACACAAGACUGGUUCUACCCUGAAAGGAGAAUUUAUAGUGAUAAAGCUUAUACGAUAACAAUGAUUUGGUUUUUGCAUAACAUAAAUAACACAUUUGACACAAUCUGUUCACUUUAACAUGUGCACCUGUACAUUCCUGUUUAUCACAAACAUACUCAUAAAACAUAAAUGUUGUCAAGAUCUUAUGUUGCUCAGAAACAUCAUGAUUGUAAUUUAAAAUAACACUUGUAAAUAGAUGAGGAAGAAUGACUUGUUUUAAGGUGUGUGUAACUGU